GAAGCCUGGAAGGUGCUUCUGGCCUCAGUAGCUCCCUGGCAUUUGCGGCUCUGUCCACACAGCCCCUGUCUAAGGAAGGAAGCCACCAGAACUCACACACAGAUGGGCGGGCUCAGCCAUUCCCACUUGGUCUCCAGCAACCGGGGCAUCGGCCGCAUUCUCCUCCACCGUCUGAGAGAAGAACAGCAGGUGUGGAACCCCUGGCCACUGCAAAAGGACAUUCUGAGCCGUGGGGACUGAGGGGCAGGCUGGGAGCCCAGGAGGCCACUUGACCCUGUUUUUUCUCAUGACUUGGUAAAACCCAAGGUCACGUGGGACGUCAGCACCUAUUUCUCCUGACAGCUCAGUACCCGGGUGUACCCUGCAGGUUGCUGGCACCUCCACGGUUUCCCACGGUCCCAGUGAAGACCUGUAGGUGUCGGGAACCUCGGGGCUCUUUGUGAACGUGUGAGCAGGUCCCGAAGAGUCCCUGGGCCUCUGCUUCACAGAGAUUCAACCCUCAGGAGGGCAACUCAAUGGCAGAAAAGGCUACCUCCCGGGGGCCCGCGCGGCGGUUCUGGUCACUACCAAGGAAGCGUCGGGGAGCACCAGGGCGCCAUAAGCCAGAUGAAAUCAUGCACCAAGACAUCGUCCCGCUCUGUGCCGCUGACAUCCAGGAGCAGCUGAAGAAGCGCUUUGCCUACCUGUCUGGUGGGCGGGGACAGGACGGAAGUCCGGUCAUCACCUUCCCCGACUACCCAGCCUUCAGUGAGAUCCCGGACAAGGAGUUCCAGAAUGUCAUGACCUAUCUCACCAGCAUCCCCAGUUUGCAAGAUGCUGGCAUUGGAUUCAUCUUGGUCAUAGACCGAAGGCAGGACAGAUGGACCUCUGUGAAGGCAUCGGUCCUGCGAAUAGCCGCGUCUUUCCCAGCAAACCUGCAGCUCGUCCUUGUUCUCCGGCCCACGGGCUUUUUCCAGAGGACCCUCUCGGACAUCGCCUUCAAGUUCAACCGAGAUGACUUUAAGAUGAAAGUACCUGUCAUGAUGCUGAGCUCAGUGCCAGAGCUACACGGCUACAUCGAUAAAUCCCAGCUGACCGAGGACCUCGGGGGGACCCUGGACUACUGCCACUCCAGGUGGCUGUGCCACCGCACAGCAAUCGAAAGCUUUGCCCUGAUGGUGAAGCAGACGGCCCAGAUGCUGCAGACCUUUGGGACCGAGCUGGCUGAAACCGAACUGCCCAACGAUGUCCAGUCCACCAGCCUGGUGCUCAGCGUCCACACGGAGAAGAAGGCAAAAGCGAAGGAGGAUCUUCAGCUGGCGCUGAAGGAGGGGAACGGCAUCCUCGAGAGCCUCAGGGAGCCCCUGGCUGAGAGCACUUCCCACAGCGUGAACCAAGACCAGCUGGACAAUCAGGCCACCGUGCAGAGGCUCCUGGCCCAGCUGAAUGAAACCGAAGCCGCCUUUGACGAGUUCUGGGCAAAGCAUCAGCAGAAGCUGGAACAGUGCCUGCAGCUGCGGCAUUUUGAGCAAGGCUUCCGGGAGGUCAAAACCACCUUGGAUUCCAUGUCUCAGAAGAUCGCCGCCUUCACUGACGUUGGCAACAGCCUGGCGCACGUGCAGCACCUCCUGAAGGACCUGACCAGCUUUGAGGAGAAGUCCAGCGUGGCUGUGGACAGGGCCCGAGCCUUGUCCCUGGAGGGUCAGCAGCUGAUUGAGAACAAGCACUACGCCGUCGACUCCAUCCACCCCAAGUGUGAGGAGCUCCAGCACCUCUGUGACCACUUCGCCACCGAGAUCACCAGGAGGAGGGGCCUUCUCAGCAAGUCCCUGGAGCUGCAUAGCCUCCUGGAGAUGUCCAUGAAGUGGUGUGACGAGGGGAUCUUCCUGCUGGCCUCACAGCCUGUGGACAAGUGCCAGUCCCAGGAUGGCGCGGAGGCCGCCCUCCAGGAAAUCGAGAAGUUUUUGGAGACUGGUGCAGAAAAUAAGAUUCAGGAGCUCAAUAAGAUUUACAAAGAAUAUGAAUGCAUCCUCAACCAGGACCUUCUGGAACACGUGCAAAAAGUCUUCCAGAAGCAAGAGAGCACUGAGGAGAUGUUCCACCGCAGGCAGGCCAGCCUGAAGAAACUGGCAGCCAAGCAGACGCGGCCUGUACAGCCCGUGGCCCCCCGGCCGGAGGCGCUCACCAAGUCCCCCUCCCCGUCACCAGGCUCCUGGCGAAGCUCCGAGGGCUCCAGCUCUGAGGGCGGUGCACUCCGCAGAGGGCCCUACAGGAGAGCCAAGAGUGAAAUGAGCGAGAGCCGGCAGGGCCGCACCAGCUCCACGGGGGAUGAGGAAGAGAGCCUGGCCAUCCUGCGCAGACACGUGAUGAAUGAGCUCCUGGACACGGAGCGGGCCUACGUAGAGGAGCUGCUCUGUGUCUUAGAGGGCUAUGCUGCAGAGAUGGACAACCCCUUGAUGGCACACCUCAUCUCAACAGGCCUGCAAAACAAGAAGAGCAUUCUGUUCGGAAACAUGGAGGAGAUCUAUCACUUCCAUAACAGAAUAUUCCUGCGGGACCUGGAGAGCUGCAUAGACUGCCCAGAGCUGGUGGGGAGGUGCUUUCUGGAGAGGAUGGAGGAGUUCCAGAUCUAUGAGAAGUACUGUCAGAACAAGCCGCGGUCCGAGAGCCUGUGGAGACAAUGCUCCGACUGCCCCUUCUUCCAGGAGUGCCAGAAGAAGCUGGACCACAAGCUGAGCCUCGACUCCUACCUGCUGAAACCUGUGCAGAGAAUAACCAAGUACCAGCUGCUGCUCAAGGAAAUGUUGAAAUACAGCAAGAACUGUGAGGGGGCCGAGGACCUGCAAGAGGCGCUGAGCUCCAUCCUGGGCAUCCUCAAGGCGGUGAACGACUCCAUGCACCUCAUCGCCAUCACUGGCUAUGAUGGAAACCUCAGUGACCUGGGGAAGCUGCUGAUGCAAGGUUCCUUCAGUGUGUGGACAGACCACAAGAAGGGCCACACCAAGGUGAAGGAGCUGGCCAGGUUCAAGCCCAUGCAGCGGCACCUGUUUCUGCACGAGAAGGCUGUCCUCUUCUGCAAGAAGAGGGAGGAAAACGGGGAGGGGUAUGAGAAGGCUCCUUCCUACAGCUACAAGCAGUCCUUGAAUAUGACAGCGGUUGGCAUCACAGAGAACGUGAAGGGUGACGCCAAGAAGUUCGAGAUCUGGUACAAUGCAAGAGAGGAGGUUUACAUCAUCCAGGCACCGACUCCUGAGAUAAAAGCGGCGUGGGUGAAUGAGAUUCGGAAGGUUCUGACCAGCCAGCUCCAGGCCUGCCGUGAGGCCAGCCAACACAGAGCCCUGGAGCAGUCUCACAGCCUUCCUUUGCCCGCGCCAUCCAGCACCAGCCCCACAAAAGGAGGGAACUCAAGAAAUGUCAAGAAGCUUGAAGACAGGAAGACAGACCCACUGAGCCUGGAAGGAUAUGUGAGCUCGUCGUCAUUGCCAAAGCCCCCCGAGAAGGGCAAAGACGAUGCGGUCCCUAGUUCUACCUCUGAAAGCUCUGCGCUUUCCAGAAAGCGCUUCACGCUGCAGGGCUUGGCUAACCUCAAAGGUCAGAAAGCCUCUCCGACCAGUCCUGACAAAAAAGCCAAGCGGCAUGAAGUCAAGAGCGACCCGACCCCCUUUGGUUUGCGAGGUUGGAGCAAAACGUCCCACUCACUGGAGGCCCCUGAAGAAGACGGAGGCUGGUCCAGUGCCGAGGAGCUCAUCAAUUCCUCUGAUGCAGAAGAAGACGGUGGACUGGGCCCUGGGAAGCUGGUUCCGGGUAAAUACACGGUGGUGAUGGAUGACGAGAAGGAGGGCCCUGACACGCUUGCCAUGAGGACCGGAGACAUGGUGGAGGUUGUGGAAGAGGGCGCCGAGGGCCUCUGGUAUGUCCGGGACCUGACCAGCAGCAAGGAGGGAUGGGUGCCAGCCAGCAGUCUGUCCACCCUCCUGGGCAAAUCCAGCUCGGCUCAGUGUCUGAGCAGCUCAGACUCCAGCCCAGGGUCAGCCGUGCUGAGCACCUCCUCCAGCUGCAGCGAGGGCUGCCCCACCCCCUUCUCCGAGCUCCAGGGAUAGUGGCCAGGCCUCUGGGGCAGGCGCUCCAGGCCACCGUGCAGUAGACCAGCAUGCAGAUCUCUAAGUUUUCUUUUGCUUGGGCUUGCUUAGUGUGGGAGGGGAUGGCGCUCCGAGACAUCUGGACAGGAGGACCCGAUCUGCCGCGGGCUUCAGACGACACUGGGGCCCUGGCACCACGACUCCAUUGCAUGUGCAGAAGCCAGGAGGCCACAGUCCACCACCAAAGCUACUUUCCAAACUCCAGAGUGGACAGAGGAGGGGCUAUGGGUCAGGAGGACCCCUGUGCAGAAUGUGGGAGAGGCCCCUUCUCAUGUUUGGGCAGCCAACAGACCCUGCUGGGCAGCCUCUCCAAGGUGUCCUGACCUCUCUGGUGCUCUCUAUGGGAACAUUAUCCCAAGGAAGUACUUCUAACAGGAGUGGACAGUUUGCUACCAACAGCCCAGGAGGGGAUCAAGGGACUCUUGUCUUUUAUAAGUUUUUGAUUUUUUUUUUAAAACAGGGAUUAAUCCCACGGCCAUUUUUUUUGUGGUACUCUGGCCUCAAAUCUUUACCAAGAAUCACUGUGUUUACAUGAAAUGACAAUUUGAUACUGUAUUUGAUAUAAAACUAUUUUUUGUUACUGGGGUUUACAUCGAAGCAUGUUGUUUAUACAACUAAAUGAUUUCGGGGGCACUCUCACUGAGACCUGGCACUCCCUGGAACACAUCGGUCCCAGGUGAAGCAAGGCCCGGCAAGUCAGCGGACGUCUCCUCCACCAGAAACAGUCAGAAAUACUGAGAGUCUCACAUCUGCAUAGGUUUUGUUUUCACAAGAAAUGUAAAGUAUAAUUUAAAAUAUUAACCUUCUUUUCUACAAUAAGAGGGAGACUCUCCAUUUUUUAAAAGAAUGUCAUUAAAUUAGGAUAUUUUUAUUAUUUUUAAAGAAGAUGUAAAAAUCCAUGCUGUCAGCCAUCCUCAGCAACAUGGGCACCGGCUGCCUCUCCAUGUCAGGGCAGGCCCCGCUUCCCCUCCCCCAGCUCACGGGGGACCUGCAGCCUUCAUUCAAGUCACGGCAGAAUUGCCAUGAAAACCAUCGUUUUUUCCCCCCUUUCUGUGUGUGUCUGAGAAACAAAUUCUGUUCUUUGGAAACGUUCUGUGCCUGGUAGGGCCGAUAUUUUUAUAUGUAUGUAUGUAUAUAUAUAUAUAUAUAUAUGUUCACGUGUGUACAUAUGGUCUGGGUGUAAAGGAUGUAUUUAUGGCCUCAUGCCACCGAACAUCUGUCACUUUACGGUCCCUCCCUGUCUCCUCACCCCGCUGCCAUGGGAGGCCACCGAGGCUCGUUCACCACUGUAUGUCCAGGUAAAAUGCCCUCCUCCCCCCACCCUAUGGCUUGCAGAGCCAUUACUGGCCACACCUUCAGAGAAUGGUAACAAAAUAAAAAACGUACAAAGAUUC